AUGAGCUCACUGAGCCACUCCACCCCUGAUGAAGAUAAGGUCUCCUGGACAGAGAAGGAGGGCCUGUGGCUCAACAUAGUGGUGAAAGAGGAGGACGAGGAAGAAGACGUUUUUGGAGCGGAGGAGGAGAUCACUGUAAUAUUAAAAGAGGAGAAGACCGGAGAUCUAAUUAACACCAAAUCUGUGCGUCUUGUUGAUGAAGCUGGUGUCUGCUCUGGGAGAUUGGAGGUGAAGUCCAGUCAGUCCUGGGUCUCAGUGUGUGAAUCUGACUUUGACCAGCAGGAUGCAGAGGUGGUCUGUAGGGAGCUUGGCUGUGGGGCUCCUGUAGUACUACAGGGGGGGCUCAAUGGAAAAGGUGAGGGUCAGACCUGGGAUAAAGAGUUCCAGUGUAAAGGAAAUGAGACCCGCCUUCUGGACUGUGAAACCUCAGACAGAAAAAACAACACCUGUCUACCUGGUCAUUCUGUUGGAAUCACCUGUUCGGAGCCUGAUAAUGUGAGGCUGGUGGGAGAAGCCAGUCGCUGUGCUGGUAGAGUGGAGUUGUACUACCAGGAAGAGUGGAGGAUUGUGGGAGUUGUGAGCAGUUACGGUUUUUGGAAGGAUGCAGCUACAGUCGUGUGUAGACAGUUGGGUUGUGGCUCCCGUGUUUCAGAAAUAUCUGGAAACACCAUUAGAGGAACGGUUCUUUACUGCAAAGGAUCUGAGGCUGGAUUGAGAGAAUGUGCAACUUGGAUGAAUGCUAAAUCAAAUUUAAUCACAGUGAUCUGUUCAGACGACUCCCACCAAGGAAACUACAGAUGUGUUUAUAACAAUUAUGUUUUCUCUCAUAACUUCUCCUCUGAGAGUCAGCUCCUCUUCCUCACCAUCACAGCCUCUCCUCAUCCAGCCUUCAUCAUCAGACACGUCAUAGUGCUGCUCAUUCUACUGACCGUCAUCAUCACCUCCUGCCUGAACUACAAGUCCACCAGGGGGCAGAAGAGAGUGAACAGGGUGACCAGCAUGGAUCUUCAUGUCAGUACCAAUGUCAUAGAGAUGGUCUCUCUGGACUCCAGAACUGAUGCCGGGCCGGGAGAGGAGACAGCAGUCCAGGAGACAGAGUAGGAGUAUGAGGAGUACCAGCUGAUGUUGGUCAGUUUUGUGUUU